UCAGAUCACUGUAUAUGGGGAUGCGGAGCUGGUGAAUGAUAUGGUUUUCAUAUGGUUUGCGGUCGUGUAUUGUUGUUUAUUUUGAUAAAUGGUGGCCAUCCCGUUUGACCCAAGUGGUUGGCUGGUUCACUUUGGAGCGGUGAAGUGUUUCGGGUGGUGUUUAGAAAUCUGCUGGAGCUCCGCUUGAACUCGCUGGCUAACGGUCACGGCGAGAGCGGCUGCUGCAGGCUUCAGGUUUCGGGCUUCCCUCUUCUCUCUCUCUCUCUCUCUCGGUAUGAUGCCUCGGGACAGCAUGAGCUCCGUCGUGCAGAAACUAGCCAGACAAGCCCUCGCCACCUUCCACAACCACGCUUCUACUGCUGCGGCUGGAGAGACCAGAGCAUUCCUGGAGAGCAUAAACAAGCUGAGGAGCCUGCUGGCCCAGGUGAAGGCGGCAGAUUUGAAGAUUGUACCCCGAUACGCUGAGAGCUCGGCGGCGCCUCACGCGCUGGGUCCUCCCGUCACCUACAUGCACAUCUGCGAGACGGACGACUUCAGCAUGGGGGUGUUUCUGCUCAAACACGGGACCUCCAUUCCCCUUCACGACCAUCCAGGAAUGUACGGCUUGCUGAAAGUUCUGUACGGCAAGGUCAGGAUUAGUUGUUUUGACAGGUUGGACAUGUCAUCUGAGAGCGCUAGCGGGGGGCAGUUCAACCCACCAUUGCUGCCCUUCCAGAAAAGCUCUGUAAGGCCCUCUGUGCGUCGGUCAGUUGGGGAAUACACAGAGGAUAACGCACCGUGCGUGUUAUCGCCGCACAAGGACAAUAUCCACCAAAUCGAGGCCGUGGACGGGCCCACCGCCUUCCUCGACAUUUUGGCUCCACCGUAUGACCCGGAUGACGGCAGGGACUGUCACUACUACAAAGUGCUGCAGCCGGGGUCAGAGGGGGUAGAUAAAAGAGCAGAAGGUCAAGAGCAGACCCAGGUCUGGCUCAUGGAGAUCCCCCAGCCCAGCGAGUUCUGGUGUGGUGGUGAACCUUACCCUGGGCCCAAAGUUUCUCUGUGAAGGAAACUGCCCGCUGGCAUGACUUAACAUUGAAAAAAGUGAGGCAUUGACCUGACACUAUUCUAAUCUGUACAUAAUUUCCACAUGAACAAAGUAGAUCAAAGCAGUUUUGUCACGUGUGUACUCGUGGCAGUAAUUGGGCUGAUGUAUUUUAUUAAUAUGGAAAUUACAUAAACAGUAGAAUCCAGGAAAAAUCACUUUUUUCCAGUGUAACCGUCAGCUGUGGAAAACCUUGACUGCAAGAAAGACUGGAAGACCAUGAAAGUUCAGUUUCCUCUUAUCUUUGCAGUUUGUGUGUGUGCUCCUGACAACAAGUUGGACUGUGGACUCAAUGAGCAACUUCAUGUUUUUUUUGAAGUGUAAUGAAUCUGCUGCUGUCUCACCAUUUCAGUUGUGAUUUGGCCUGUCCGGCUAUGAAGGCUCCUUUUGCCUGCUUUGUUAAUGUGUAUAAAUAUUGAUUAUUUCAAAGCAAA